CAGAAAUUCUUCAAGCCUCCAUAUAUCAUCAUGUGUCAUGACUCUGCCAGGCAGUGUUCGCUUCCAGUUGCCUCAUCAACUUCCAGAUCAACCUGCUCAAGACGCUGUUCUUCACCCAGCAGAAGAUGACUGACUGUGAGUUUGGAUACAUUCACAGGCUGGCUCAGGACUAUCUGCAGUAUGUCCUGCAAAUACAGCAAUGUGGAUCAGGUCCAAGCAAAACGUCCAGAGUGCUGCAAAAUGUUGCAUUUUCAGUCCAAGAAGAGGUUGAAAAGAGUCUGAAACCAUGCUUAGACAAUUUUAAUGUUGUAUCCAUAGAUACUGCCAGAACAAUAUUCAAUCAAGUGAUGGAAAAGGAAUUUGAAGAUGGCAUCAUUAACUGGGGCAGGAUUGUGACAAUAUUUGCCUUUGGAGGUAUUCUCCUCAAGAAACUUCUCCAACAGCGAAUUGCCCUGGAUGUGGAUACUUAUAAGGAGAUUUCUUAUUUUGUUGCUGAGUUCAUAAUGAAUUACACAGGAGAAUGGAUAAGGCAAAAUGGAGGCUGGGAACAUGGCUUUGUAAAGAAGUUUGAACCUAACUCUGGCUACUCUGGCUGGCUGACUUUUCUGGAAGUUACAAGAAAGAUCUGUGAAAUGCUGCCUCUCCUGAACUACUGACCAGAGAGGACACUCCACAUUGUGAAACCUGCCUAAUUUUCCUGACUCUUACGAGAACUUAUCGUCAACACAUACUUCUGCUUUUACAAACAACUUUCAUGAUGCAACUCGACUUUCCAGAGUUACAAAAAUUUUGUCCUCAUUUUAAUGAAUAAAUUGUGUUUUUCUCUA